AUGGCUCCUUCAGACCCCGCCGUCAACCUCAGCGCCUUGCUGCGUGCAGCCUCCAUACAAGACCAUGAAGAGGUCCUCAAAGCCGCAAACGCUUCAAUAAAGGAGUCCAAGACCGACCUCACUGCCCACCGCACCCGCGUCGUCGCCCUGCUCAAACUCGAUCGCUUCGACGACGCCCUUCGCGCCAUAGCCGAUGGUGGUGACAAGCUCCAGGAUGCGUGUGUGCUCGAGAAGGCUUACGCCCUGUACAAGACUGGACAACUUCAGGCGGCCCGCGAGAUCGCAAACUCGAGACCGCAGCGCAGUUUUCGACACGUUGCUGCCCAAGUUGCUUACCGCGCCGAGGACUUCAAAGACGCACUCGAUCUCUACAAAGGUCUGCUCGAUGAUCCUCAGCACGAGGAGAACGACCUCAACAUCAACUACCUGGCCUCCGCUGCUCAAUUGGAGUGGAAAGCCGUGGACGACUUGAGUGACGAGGUCGCGCCGACCCCCCUCGCGGCAGAUAUCGAUACCUUCGAGCUCGCAUAUAACAGCGCCUGCGGCUGCAUUGCUCGCGGAGAGUUGUCCAAAGCAUCGACGCUGCUCCAGCGCUCGCUGCGCUUGUGUGAUUCUGAGGAUCUUUCCGAGGAUGAUAAACAAGCCGAGAUGGUACCAAUCAUGGUCCAGCAGGUCUACGUAUAUUCCAGGUUAGGCAAGCUUGGGGAGGCACUUGACGUUCAGAAUCGCCUGUCUGUCUCGGAUAGUUGGGACGCCGAGUCCAAGCUAAUUAACCAGAAUAACAAGUCGGCUCUCGCGACCGGAGUCGAGAAUCCUUACCUCGCACAGCGUGAAGGCGAACUGGCAUCUGCUCUGAGAAAGCAGGCAAAGCUUUUCAAGUACCAAGAGAGUCCACUGAAGCAGAACCAGUAUGUUUUGGGCGUCCAGACACAAAAGCUGGUCGGCGUCUACCGGGGCACUUCUAGAACCUUGGCCGAGGCUACGCCUACGGUCUCCGCCAACACAAACGUCCUCUCUGCCAUCAACGCUGCGGCCCAUGCUCUACGUCCAUCCAAGAACGUAGACGUCAAGCACGUCAUUCCUCUGCUUGAGAAACGCCCCACGGACGUCGGAUUAAUUCUCACUAUUAUCCAGCUCUAUCUCGCCGCGAACAACACCGGUGCGGCACUGUCUAUUCUCGAGACGUUCCUGCACAAUCUGGAAAAGCAGGGAGCGCAGGAUGUUCGAUUCUCCCCUGGUCUGGUCGCUCUGGUGGUCUCCCUUUACAAACAGCAAGGACGCCAAACCGGUAUACGCACAGAGUUGGCCAAGGCUUCCUCGUUUUGGGAGAAGCGGAAUGGUCGCCACGCCGACUCGCUGCUCCGCGGUGCCGGCUCCGAGUUGCUCAAGUCGUCUGAUCCUGUUGAUCUCGCUGCCGCAGGUGCUGCUUUCGAGAAGCUUUGCGAGAAGCCCGGCACCGAUGCGGACCAUAUUGCAGCCGCAGGACUGGUGGCAUCGUUCGCCACAUCAAACGCAUCCAGGGCCAAGCCAUACCUGACGGACCUCCCUCCCAUUGAGAGUCUCAUUCAAGGCAUCGACGCUGGCCAGUUGGCUGGCGAAGGCAUCGCUACACUCGCGACGCCAGCUAAUCAGGCUACGAAGCGAAGAAUGGAAACCCAGCCAACUGAAGCAAGUGCCAGAAAGAAGCGCAGAAGAAAGCUGCCUAAGAACUAUGAGGAGGGGAGGAAAAUGGACCCCGAGCGAUGGCUGCCUCUCCGCGACCGCUCUACCUACCGGCCCAGGGGCAAGAAGGGCAAGAAGAAGGCAAACGAGUCCACGCAAGGUGGUUUGGCAAAGGAAGUUGAGACGUUGGAGCUUGCAGGUGGCGCCGGAUCUGUCAAGGUCGAAAAGGCGCCAACGUCGUCAAACAAGAAGAAGAAGAAGGGUAAGAAAUGA